AACUUUCUGGCCAACCUUCUGCUUUAGAGGCGGGGGAUAGAAAAUGUGCAGGAUGAUAUAUGUGCUGCAGUCUAUGAGAGGAGAAGCCCAGGUCGGCUCUGGCUGUUUCUGCUGAUUCCGUAAAGAUGGUUCCAGUGUCUGCGCCGUCUCUGUCGGUGUGUCAGGCUCUGCUCAGCCUGGGCUGCCUGGCCGCGGCGCUGCUCGCACUCCUGCUGGUCCGCCAGCUCGUCAAGCAGAGAAGACCCCCCGGGUUUCCUCCCGGUCCAUCUCCCAUCCCUGUCAUAGGGAACAUUUUCUCCCUCGCCACCGAGCCGCACGUUUUCCUCAAGAAACAGAGCGAAGUUCACGGACAGAUUUUCUCUCUUGACCUGGGAGGUAUCCUGACUGUGGUAUUAAAUGGGUACGACUGUGUCAAGGAAUGCCUUUACCAUCAGAGCGAGGUGUUUGCUGAUCGUCCAUCACUACCUUUGUUCAAGAAAAUGACCAAAAUGGGUGGGCUUCUUAAUUGUAAAUAUGGCAAAGGUUGGAUUGAGCACCGCAAACUGGCUUGCAACUCGUUCCGUUACUUCGGCAGUGGCCAGAGACUGUUUGAGCGAAGGAUCUCAGAGGAAUGCAUGUUCUUUGUUGAUGCCAUUGAUGAGCACAAGGGAAAGCCCUUCAAUCCCAAACACCUCGUGACCAACGCAGUGUCCAAUAUAACCAAUCUGGUCAUUUUCGGCCAUCGUUUUACAUACAAUGAUCGCAACUUCCAGCACAUGAUUGAAAUAUUCAGUGAGAAUGUGGAGCUGGCAGUGAGCGGCUGGGCACUCCUUUACAAUGCCUUCCCUUGGAUUGAAUACGUGCCUUUUGGAAAGCACCAGAAGCUGUUCCGUAACGCUGCCCAGGUAUAUGACUUUUUAGACGAGGUUAUACAGGGAUUCUCAUGCGGCAGGGUGCCACAUGCGCCACGUCACUAUGUUGAUGCCUAUUUGGAUGAGUUGGAGCGGAACCUGGGAAAUCCCAAUUCAUCUUUUUCUUAUGAGAACCUCAUCUAUUCAGUGGGAGAGCUCAUUAUUGCUGGCACAGAGACCACAACUAACACCCUGCGCUGGGCUAUGCUGUACAUGGCCCUGUACCCCAACAUACAAGAGAGGGUGCACAGAGAGAUCGACAGUGUACUGGCCAAUGGGAGGGCACCCACCAUGGAGGACAAGCAUAACAUGCCCUAUGUGGAGGCAGUCCUGCACGAGGUCCUUCGUUUCUGCAACAUUGUACCCCUGGGUAUUUUCCGAGCCACCUCUCAGGACGCAAACGUCAAUGGGUACAAAAUCCCCAAAGGCACCAUGGUGAUCACAAACCUCUACUCAGUGCACUUUGACGAGAAGUACUGGAAAGAUCCGGGCAUUUUCUCACCGCAGAGAUUUCUCGACGGCAGUGGCAACUUUGUGAAGCGUGAGGCCUUCCUUCCAUUCUCCUUGGGGAGGCGUCACUGCUUGGGCGAACAGCUGGCCCGAAUGGAGAUGUUCCUCUUUUUUACCACCUUGUUGCAAAGAUUUCAUCUUCAGUUUCCUCCAGGAGCCGUUCCAACUGUCACUCCCAAACUAGGAAUGACCUUACAGCCCAAACCUUACUCCAUCUGUGCGGUCCGGAGGCAGCAGAAGCUUCCCUGCUCCUGAGACACUCCUUAUCACAAUUAGGCAAGCUGGCUGUCAACUGCAGCUUCUGCAUUCAUCUUUCCAAGCAGAAUUUUGGUUAAAACAGGUGUCCCUAAACAUCUGAACGGGUACAACCAGUUUACUCAAUUACUAUACAUUUCUUUCCAUCUUAUUUUUCUUCUUUUUUUUUGCCAGCAUUAUGCAAAUUUGCACAGUACUUUUAAACAGCGGGGGAGGCAACGAGUCCUCAAGCGACAUCCUGGGAAAACAUCGAUUCAAUUCUCUGAGCUCCUGCGACCAGAAAGUGAAAUAUCUGUGUACCUUGGUGCUGUGAUGAUGGCUCAGGUCAAUGAUUUAUAAUAAGUACACCUAUGAUGGUUCACAGCCCUGCUAUCACAGGAAAGCUUCGGACAGAUAAAUUACACCAGUUUUUCCUGCCAUCUGUAUUGGUUGAAAUGGGACAAGCAGACUUUCCAAGAACCUUGUGAACAUCGUGUGUUGGAGCUGGAUGCUGGCCAAGGUUCACAUCAUCCAGACCGACUCUGACCUCUUCUCCAGGGAUGGUGCUAUUUGGAUAAUCUUUUCCUCAGAAAGUAAAUGCAUCCAUCAUGGAUUUGUGGAAACCAACAGUUCAAUGCUGGUUUCUCCUAAAUGGUGCUUAUCAGUACUAACGCCGUACUGCAUUUACGUAGAGGUUAACAGUUUUUGUUGUUCUUUUUGCUCUCCUUUUUUUAUUUUUUCAGGGAAGGGAUUCGUCAAGUGUCGUGAUAAUGAAAACUUGCCUUUCUUUUAAGCGUGGAAGGAUCAAAAUCUUUCAGUCUAACUUAUAUUAAGACCCCAGAUGACCUGAUGUAGCACUAGCAGAAUCAAUUGAUGGGAAGUGGAGGAGAUGCCUAACAAAGCCAUUACUUUUCAUAUUUUAAAAUUAAGUAAACGCAACAUUGUUGUUUUUACGGUUAUUAUAGACGCACUGGAAAUUUAAAUGUGUUGUGUAAGAUGUAAAUGAAAUCAUACGACUGUGUGAUGAUGGAACCCACCAAUGCUGGCCAGGGCUGGACGAAUUCAAUAAUUCAGGUCAGGAGACCGAACUGUAUCUCCAGCAAGACAACUUUCAAAGGCGUGGCCUUUUAUACGCUACUGUUACGGUGCUCGCAUGAAGAAACGCAAGUUACAUAAGCCAGAGUUGGCUUCAUUGGCCAUGUGUUUCAUGUAUAUACCAGGUAAAUCCUAUUUUUAGCAUCAUAAUGCAAUAAUGAAACUCACCAUCGAAAUGAGAUCAGGUGGAGGUUUCAUACUCAAAUGUAACAAAACAUCUCUCUAGAAUGAAGGUCUGUCUCUCAUGUAAGCUCUGCAUGUGGGAUAAGUAAAGGGUCAGAAAACCAUACAGCUUAAAUGACACAAGUUUUGGAAUACAUUUACCUUAUCAAUAAAAAUCAAAUAAACGUAAAAUGUUAAUGAAGCCUGAAGUCGAGGACACUUGUCUCACGUCUCCCUGUGCCAACACCGCUGCUACUCCCUUCAUCCACUCUGUUCUUCCAAGAACAGUUGAAAAUGACAAUCAUUGUUGAUUUUAUUGAUAUACAAUAUCCAUCAAAACUGGCCUGAUUUGAUGUGGUGCAGGUCUGAUGCAAGCCCCUCUGUGCCACGAGCACUUACUACACUUACAUGCACAAAAAUAUUAUUGUUUUUGCCCUCAUUCUGAAAAAGAAAUGUCAUACCAUCUUCUAUUUACAUGGCUGAUGGAAAAUAACAAUUCAUCAAUUCACAUGUAGCUAUGCAGAAAUUCUGAUUUUCGUGCUUUGUUUGUAUUUACUGUUUCUCACAAGCUAGCGAACAUGUUUAUUUGUAUUAUGUGAUGACUCACCUGGUGCUAUACCUGAAGAAAAUGACAUUAAACUUUGUACAUUUGGCAACAA